AUGACCAAAGCCUUGCAGUUUGACUGGCGUCGUUCAGUACCAGAAGCAUUAGUCAAUGGAUGCUAUUUUGAUAUGUGGGAAGAAGAAAAGGGAGAAAUUAUCGUUGAAACUGGAGCCUUAUUUCGUGUUGACGAGUAUGGAUUUUUUAUUUAUUGGAAAUCGGAAGGAAAAGAAGGUCAAGUUUUGGAAUUGUGCCAAGUAAAUGAUAUAAGGGAAGGUGGUGUUCCCAAAAAUCCGUCUCUCCAUUCCGAAUUGGCCUCUCGAGUAUCUUCACAGUUUAAUUUGGACCAGGUUAGCUUAACCAUUUGCUCGGGUACAGACAUGGUCAACAUUAAUUAUACCCAUGUGGUAACCCCAGAUCCAGAAACGGCGUCAAGUUGGAGAGCAGGAUUACGUGCAAUUACCAAUAAUAACAAAGCCAACAAUGUGUGUCCAAGAACCUGCCUUCAGAAACAUUGGAUGAAAUUGGGUUUUCUGGUUGACAUAAAUGGUAAAAUACCGGUUCGCAGUGUAUCUAAAACCUUUGCCUCCGGUAAAACCGAGAAAUACAUUUACCAGUGUAUGAGAGAGGUUGGCCUGCCACACGAAAAGAACGAUGUCAUCGAACCAAGUGAAUGGACUUUUGAUAGGUUUUACAAAUUGUAUCAUAAAAUUUGUCCCCGUAACGAUAUUGAGGAACUGUUUAACUCGAUUACCCAGGGUAAAUCGGAAUACAUUGGUGUUCGUCAGUUGGUUGAUUUUCUCAAUGAGAGACAACGAGAUCCACGACUCAAUGAGAUAAUUUACCCGUUAUACGAUGAAAAGCGUGCCCGUGAAAUUAUAUCAACCUAUGAACCUGAUUCUGUACUUGCAGGAGAGGGUAAAAUAUCUCAGGAUGGCCUUAUACGUUAUUUAAUGUCCGAUGAAAAUGCUCCUGUUUUCCUUGACCGAUUAGAUUUUUAUAUGGACAUGGAUCAACCACUUGCUCAUUAUUAUAUCAAUUCAUCUCACAAUACCUAUCUAACUGGACGACAGUUUGGUGGUAAAUCUUCCGUUGAAAUGUAUCGACAAGUACUUUUAGCGGGUUGCCGUUGCAUUGAACUUGACUGUUGGGAUGGUAAAGGUGAAGACCAAGAACCAAUUAUAACCCAUGGUAAAGCCAUGUGUACCGAUAUCCUCUUCAAAGAUGUGAUUUAUGCCAUCCGUGAUACAGCUUUCGUUACAUCAGAAUAUCCUAUUAUACUUUCCUUUGAGAAUCAUUGUUCAAAAAAGCAACAAUAUAAGUUAGCCAAGUACUGUGAUGAAAUCUUAGGCGAUCUCCUGCUUAAAGAACAUUUAGUUACACAUCCGCUUGAUCCAAAUGUACCUUUGCCAAGUCCAAAUGAUCUCAAGAGGAAAAUUUUGAUAAAAAACAAACGACUCAAACCUGAAAUGGAGAAAAUUGAACUUGAGUUGUGGAAGAAGGGUCAACUCCAGGCGGACGAUGAUGAUGAACAAGAAGAUCCAAAUGCAGUUCCAAGUGAAGUGGAUUUAGAUAAAAAAGAAGUGCCUCCAGAGCAGUUAGCUCUACAAAAUUAUCAAUACACUGGAGCAACAGUCCAUGUCCAUCCAUAUUUAUCAUCAUUAGUUAACUACACUCAGCCCAUUAAAUUUCAAGGUUUUGAAACUGCCGAUGAAACCAACAUUCAUUUUCACAUGUCUUCUUUUGCGGAAACGGCCGCCUUGGGUUACCUUAAAUCACAGGCCAUUGAAUUUGUCAACUACAAUAAACGUCAACUCAGUCGAAUCUAUCCAAAAGGAACUCGAGCCGAUUCAUCCAAUUAUUUGCCUCAAAUCUUUUGGAAUGCCGGCUGUCAAAUGGUUGCCCUUAACUUUCAAACUCCCGAUCUUCCAAUGCAACUGAAUCAGGGUAAAUUUGAAUACAAUGGUGGCUGUGGUUACCUUUUGAAACCCGACUUUAUGAGGCGUAAAGAUCGAACCUUUGACCCGUUUGCGGAAUCACCAGUUGACGGAGUAAUUGCAGCCCAAUGUUCCGUUCGAGUCAUUUCGGGACAAUUUUUGUCUGAUAAAAAGGUUGGAACCUAUGUUGAGGUGGACAUGUACGGUUUACCUACCGAUACCAUUCGUAAAGAGUUCCGAACUCGAAUGGUUCCCAAUAAUGGUCUUAACCCGGUUUACAAUGAAGAACCUUUUGUAUUCCGUAAAGUGGUUCUACCUGAUCUAGCUGUGAUACGGAUUGGUGUUUACGAUGAAAAUGGUAAAAUGUUGGGUCAACGGAUUUUACCCAUGGAUGGGUUACAGGCCGGCUAUCGGCACAUUUCCCUUCGAACCGAAGGUAACUUUCCCAUGUCCCUGCCCAUGUUGUUCAUCUGUAUCGAGCUUAAAAUUUACGUUCCCGAUGGACUGGGUGACUUGAUGGAUGCUCUGUCUGAUCCAAGGGCCUUCCUGUCUGCUCAAGAAAAACGAAUGGCUCAGAUGAAGGCCAUGGGAAUUGAAGAGACGGAUAUACAGACUACCCAGGCAGUAACCGUGAUGGACAAAAAGAGAGAGGAAAAGGAAAAGGCCGAGGAAACUCAGAUGAAACCCAUUUCAUUGGAAAAUUUAAGGAAUGAUAAAAUUUAUUUAAAGUUGAUUAAAAAGCAAGACAAGGUUAUUGAAGGUUUACGUAAGAAGCAUCACAAGGAGAAACAGGGAAUCCAGAAGACUCAGUGUUCAGCCGUUGACAAGAUAGUCAAGCAAAAUGGUAAAAAUACCAAUGAUUUGGCCAAUGAUCCGGCCAUUAAAGACAUGGUUGUCGACCAGAUGAAACAAUGGUCAGAAAUGAUGGACAGACAUCGAAAAGAGGAAUUGGAAUUGAUGAAGGAAAAUCGAAAGCAAUUGGGUGAUUGUUUGGAGAAAUUGUUGAUUACAGCUCAAACUAAUCAAAUGAAACAACUUGAAGUAAAAUUUGAACGUGAAAAUAAAGAAAUGAAGGCUCGUCAAGCCAAAGUUUCAGUGGAAACGGCCAAAGAAGUCGCCCAAGACCGAACCUUGCGAAACAAAGCUGAACGAGAACGACGUUUACGGGAAAAAAAUUCAAACAAUACCAAGAAGUUCAUUGAUGAACGUAAAAAUGCUGCCAUGAGGCAGAAUAAAGAGAAAGAAAAGCUGAAGAAGUUGCAUGAAAAACAAUUGCAAGACUUAACCAAGGAAAUGGAAAAUGAACUUGAAAUGUAUGAUAAUGUGGAAGCUGAAUCAAAAUUGGCUGCAAAAAUGGAAUGUUUCAUAUGAUUAAAGGUUAUCAUCACCAUCAAGACUUGGAAUCUCUCCAUCAUCACAAUCAUCACAAUCAUCAGCUUUUUAAUUUUACUUUUUUCUCUCAAAACAACUUCUAAUGUAAAAUGAGCAAAAAAAUUCAGUUGUUGUUGCUUUGAGCCAAUUCAAUAUUGCAAACCUUUCAUGUGUAACAAUCAACAGAUUACAUUUAAAUUUUCCAAGCGCAAUUUAACCACGUUUCUUGAACAAUGUUAAUUGUCAUGUAAACAUGGUUAAAAGGGUCGAACACAGAAAGUGGAAAAAAAUGAUUUCACUUAAUGAGCAUUUGAUGCAUCCAAAGUGAUAUAAAAUUGAGUUACAAGAAACAAAAGGCAAACAGUGAAAUGAAAUUUUCCAUCAUGAAAUUGAUUCAUUAAUUGAAAUUUUCGUCAAAAAUGUUGCCAUGAAUAAGAAAAUGUUUAUUGUGAAAACACAAAAAUGUUAACUCACGGUUUGGAUAUUGAAUUGUGCUUCAGGGUAAACUUGAAACAUUUCAACCUGAACAAGCAAAACUGUUUUUUUUGUUCAUUGUAAAACUAAAAUCAACAUUUGUUUAUUUAGAUGAGUUUAUUUAUCGUCAUCAUGAUCAUCAUCAACUGAUAAUUGCCAAAAUUUAGGGACAAAUGAUUCUUUUUGCUAAUUGUAAUCACAGUUUGCCAUUACUUGAUAUUUAUGAUCAAAAACCCAUGAAUUAUGAUAAAUGACAUUAUUAAUUAUAUGAUGCUAAUGAUGAUGAUAAUUGAAGUUAAGGAAUGAGAUAAAGAAAAGACAAAAUUGUUAUCAAAAUGUUUAUUUUCUUACCAAAGAAUCAAAAUUUAAUUUAUAUUCAAUGUUCACUUUGAUUUAGAGGCAAUGUGAUUAAUGUGCAUUAAUUGAAUCAAUUAAUUGGCAUAAAUUUAUCAACUUAAUGGUGUUUAAAUUGUUGGCGAAAAGCAAAGACCAAUUUGAUUGUAAAGUGAAUCCAAUUACAACGACUUUUUCUUGUUUCCAUUGUUAACCAGUGAUGAUGAUUAUGAUGACUUUCAUCGGCCCAUUUUGUUAAUGUUGGCAAAUGCCUUAAGCUUUUUGUGUUUUUUUUUCAUGUUCAAUGUUUGCUUCUGUUUAAAGCUUUUAAUUUUCACAAUUUAAUCUAAUUAGCUUCAGGGAACUCAAUUGUUGUCAACAAAUCAACUCAAGUUGAUGAAAGUAAACAAUGAAAAUGAUCAAUUUUUCAUCUUUUUUUCACCGUCUUUUUGUUUUGUUUUUCAAUGUAAUCCUUUUUUUAUUGCUGUAAAACUGAUCAACUCUGGUUUACGGUAAUCAUGUUUUAAUGUUUAUCAAAUUGUUAACUUACCUUUAUUUAUUGUCAUUAUUAAUAUUUUGCUCAUCAUUUUGGCAAAUUUUUUUGUUACCUCAAAAUGAUCUCAAUUUUACAUUUCAUCAUUUAUAUCAUUGAUGAUCAAUUUUGUUUCCCAAAAAUGCUUUAUUUUUCAUUUGUUGAAAGCGAAUCCUGUAAAUAUUGAAAUUUGUUUUUCCUCCUUCCAUUCAAUGAUGAUUUCAAUGUUAAUGAUGAUAUUGAUUACGAUAUUGUGAUGAUAGCGGUGAUGAAUCAAAAGAAUCAAGUUUUGGAUAAAUGAUAAACCUUUAACUCCCAGCAAGGAAACCAAAAAAAAGUCCAAAAAUUGAACCUUUUAAAUCAUGUAAAUCAUUUUACUUUGUAAUUAUAUUAAUACAUAUAUUUAAGCACUUAGCACUUUGAAACAAGCAAAGGACCGCAAAUUAAUUGAAAAAAAAACAAACCAAAACCAAAUCACAAUCAGGCAAUUUUGUUACCUUCACAUUAAAAUAUAAUGAAAAACGCAAAAACAAAA